AUGGAGAUAGUGCGGGUCGUUUCGGACGCGUUCUGGUCGACGAAAGUGUGGCUGCCACCGAACACCACCUGGGAUGAUAUCCGGCCGGGUGUGCGAUCGGACGUGAACCAUGCCGACUACCGGCACCUGAUCUACCCGAUACCGAUAGCCGCGGUAAUAAUCGUGCUACGUUGGGCCGUGGAACGAUAUUGGUUAGCACCGAUCGGUAAGGCGAUUGGAAUAAAGAGCACCGGACCAAAGCCACCGAGACCAAAUAAAGUCCUCGAAGCGGCAUACAAUGUCAACAGCCGGCUUAAUCACAAAACGAUCGUGCGGCUGAUGAAGCAGGUGGAUAUGACAGAGCGACAUAUCGAAUACUGGUGGAGACGUCGCCGGGCACAGGAUAAACCAACGACGCUGAUCAAAUUUUGCGAAACGUCCUGGCGGUGCAUCUACUACACGUACAGCUUCAUCUUCGGUUGCAUCGUCAUGUACGAUAAGCCGUGGCUCUGGGACAUCAAACAUUGCUGGUAUGGCUACCCGCACCAAUCGGUCACAAACGACAUCUGGUGGUACUACAUGGUUUCGAUGGCCUUCUACUGGUCGCUGACAUUCUCCCAGUUCUACGAUGUGAAGCGAAAAGAUUUCUGGCAGAUGUUUGCCCACCACAUGAUCACCAUACUGCUGAUGGCACUGAGCUGGAUGUGCAACCUGCACCGGGUCGGUUCGCUCGUGCUGUUGGUGCACGAUUGUGCAGACAUUUUCCUGGAGUCCGCUAAGCUAACGAAGUACGCACAGUAUCAGAAAGUGUGUGACACGAUCUUUGCCAUCUUUACCGUUGUGUGGAUCGUGACGAGAUUGAUUCUCUUCCCACGCAUCAUCUACAGUUCGUCUGUGGAGGCGCCACAGAUUCUACCAAUGUUCCCGGCGUACUACAUCUUCAACACGCUGCUAAUACUGUUACUGGUGCUGCACAUAUGCUGGACCUAUUUGAUUAUGCAGAUUGUGAAGAAGGCACUCAAAUCAGGACAGAUGGAUGGUGACGUGCGGUCCGAUUCUAGCGACGAGAUAUCCGACAGUUCGGAAAAUUCUCGCCCACUCCUAUCGAACGGUGGAACACCCAAGAAACAGCCGACCAAGAAUGGAACGACAAAGGCGAGCAGUGUUGGUGCUUCCCCGAAGAAGAAACAGUAA